AUGGCAUCAUUUCAAUUUGCUCACCCGGAAAAAUUUGACUUUACAAAGCCAGAGAGAUGGGAAAAAUGGUUCCAAAGAUUCGAGAGAUUCCGACUCGCCUCAGGACUUUGUGAAGCAGAUGAGGACGUACAAGUCAGCACACUGAUCUAUUCCAUGGGACCGGAGGCUGACGACAUCCUAUCAUCUUUGAAAAUUUCCAGUGGUGAUAGUGUUAAGUGGAAGCCAGUCAAAGAAGCACUAUCAAAGUACUUUAUUCCCAAAAGGAACGUAAUAUUCGAGCGAGCAAAAUUUAACCAAAGGAAGCAGGAGGAAGGCGAAACAGCUGACAGUUUCAUCACUGCCCUUCAUGUCCUCGCCGAAUAUUGCGACUCUGGCGCCCUACAUGAUGACCUUAUCCGAGACAGGAUAGUCGUUGGACUGAGGGACAGAAAACUAUCAGAAAAAUUACAACUUGAUUCAAAACUCAGUCUGGAGUCAGCGAUAUUAAUGGCCAGACAGAACGAAACAAUCAAAAAGCAACAGCCGAUUGUGAGAGGGUCAACAACACCAGAGGUACCCGUAAACAACAUGGACGCGCUAAGAUUCCAGAGGAAAAAAGCAAAUCCCAGACAACCAGCCCGGACAGCGAAUAAAACCAACCUGACAGGCUGUGGCAGAUGCGGAAACGCGACAGUACACCCUCGAGACAAGUGUCCCGCCCGAGACGCUAAAUGUCAUAAAUGUGGCAACAAAGGACAUUUCGCUAAAGUUUGUCGCAAAGCAAACAUAGCAGAAGUGGACAGGAGCUCCGGUGAGAGAGGUGAAUGGUUCCUUGGGUCCGUCGACACCAAAGAAGGAGAACCUUGGAUGACCAACCUUAAAAUCCGAGAUCAGACGGUGAAGUUCAAGAUAGACACUGGUGCAGACGUAACAGUGAUACCCGAGUUCGCGUACAAACAGUUAAGAGGGAUUAAACUUUCACAAGUGAAUCGCUCAUUGCAUGGACCAGGAAACUCAAAAUUAAAUGUGUUGGGAAAGUUUCUUUGUGAGCUUGAGUCUAAAAGUGUGUUCAGUGUGCAAGAAAUAUAUGUUGUGAGAGGAUUGAGCCAGGCAUUACUAGGUAGACCGGCUAUCAUUGCUCUGCACAUCAUUGAAAAGGUAAAUAUUGCGUCUGUCAACGCGAAAAACGUUCAAACAUUAAAAUCUGAAACAUAUUUCCGCGAAAAGUUCCCAAUGGUUUUCAAUGGGCUGGGGAAAAGUAACUGGGAAUACAAAGUAAACUUAAAAGAAGACUCUAAGCCAUAUGCAUUGUCGACACCUCGCAAAGUGCCAUUUGCACAAAGAGACAAGGUCAAAGAGGAGUUAGACAGAAUGCAGAACUUAGGAGUUAUCUCCAAGGUCGAUGAGCCUACUGAAUGGUGUGCUCCAAUGGUCAUUGCCCCCAAACCCAAUGGUCAAGUAAGAAUAUGCGUAGACCUGAAAAAGCUAAAUGAAUCAGUCAAAAGAGAAAAUCAUCCCCUUCCCUCAGUUGAAGAGUCUUUGUCCAAAUUAUCAGGGUCAAAAAUAUUCUCAAAAUUGGAUGCAAAUUCAGGGUUUUGGCAAAUAAACCUAGCACCUGAAUCACGGCUGCUUACAACCUUUAUUACACCUUAUGGGAGAUUCUAUUUUAAUAGACUUCCGUUUGGAAUAAACUCAGCCAGUGAGUUCUUUCAGAAACGAAUGUCAGAAAUCCUUUGUGGGGUUGAAGGUGUGUUAUGUCACAUGGAUGACAUCCUUAUAUUUGCUGCAACGCAAGGUCAGCAUGACACAAUCCUCGAAAACGUUUUAAGCAUUCUCAAGGACAAUGGCCUUACUUUGAACAAUAAGAAAUGUGAAUUUUCAAAACCAUCAGUGACAUUCCUAGGUCAUGUCAUUGACGAAAAGGGCAUUAGGGUAGAAUCGCAAAAGGUCAAAGCUAUAUUAGACAUGAAAGAGCCAGAGAAUGUAUCUGACAUACGCAGGUUCUUGGGUAUGGUGAAUCAACUCAACAGAUUCUCACCAAAGCUGGCAGAAAGGUCACAGCCUCUAAGAGAGCUGCUGAAACUUAAGAAUGCAUGGAUGUGGGGUCCGGCCCAAGAAAGGUCAUUCGAGAGUCUGAAGACAGAAAUUUCUCAGUCUCCCUGUCUAGCACAUUAUGACACAAAAGAAGACAUAAUGGUCUCAGCGGACGCAUCGUCAUACGGUCUAGGUGCGGUCCUAAGGCAGAAACACGGGCAAACAUGGAAACCUGUGGCCUAUGCAUCAAGGUCAAUGUCAGAAACGGAGCAAAGGUAUGCCCAGAUAGAAAAAGAAGCCUUAGCUAUUACUUGGGCUUGUGAACGUCUCAGUGACUACUUAAUAGGUCGAGAGUUCAAAAUAGAAACGGACCACAAACCACUUGUACCACUCUUAAGUACAAAAGAUUUGUCUGAAUUACCCCCUAGAAUCCAAAGAUUCAGGAUGCGACUUAUGCGUUAUACUUUCACUAUAAGUCACACCCCUGGUAAAGAGCUGAUCACAGCUGACGCAUUAUCACGCGCACCUGUGGAUCCGCCCGCCCCAGAUGAUGGUGAGGUGAAUGCUUUUGUUGACGCCAUAAUGAGUAGUCUACCAGCAUCACCUAGCAAAUUAGAUCAGAUAAAAUCACUUUAUGACAAGGACACACUGUGUGCCAAUGUCAUACAAUACUGUAAAUCGGGAUGGCCCGAGAAAUCUGAAAUCCCAACAGAAUUGAGAAUGUUAUGGGAAGUCAGGGGAGACUUUACAGUACAAAAUGGUUUGUUACUGAAGGGAACAAGGUUAGUCAUCCCCAAGGAACUUCAAGAGGAAAUGUUAGGGAAAUUACAUCAAGGUCACCAAGGGAUAGUGAAAUGCAGGGAGUUAGCCAAGUCAUCUGUUUGGUGGAAUGGCUUGAGUACUCAAUUGGAAAAUUUAGUAAAAUCUUGCCAAAAGUGCAUAGAGGGUUCUCAAAAUGUGAGAGAGCCACUCAUUCCAAGUAAAUUUCCGGAUCGACCAUGGCAAAAAGUAGCCACUGAUCUGUUUGAACUGAAUGGUCAAAAGUACUUGCUAGUUGUUGACUAUUAUUCAAGAUUCAUAGAGAUUGCAAAGUUGUUUGGCACAACGUCGGCAGCGAUUAUUAACCAUUUAAAAUCAAUCUUCGCGCGACAUGGAAUUCCAGAGAUAGUUUUCUCGGAUAACGGGCCACAAUAUUCAUCUCAGACAUUUAAAGAUUUUGCAGGAGAAUUUGAUUUCAAACAUGUAACAAGUAGUCCCAACUAUCCGCAAAGCAACGGUCUCGCAGAGAGAUCAGUGCAAACCAUUAAACAAAUGUUGAAAAAAUCAUCUGAUCCGUACUUAGCUUUGUUAAUGUAUCGCUCAACGCCGCUAAGCAAUGGGUACAGCCCUUCAGAAUUAUUGAUGAACAGAAAAAUAAAAACAAAUGUGCCAAUUAACCCAAAGCAAUUAAAACCAAAAUUGCCAAAUGUAAAAUUAAUACAAAAGCGUGAAUUAAAUCACAAAGUCAAACAAAAGAAAAACUUUGACAGACGGCAUCGCGCAAGAAAUUUGAGUCAAUUAAAACCCGGAAAAAAGGUGUGGGUGAAAGAUCAGAAGUGUCCAGGGAUUGUAAAAAGUUGUCUAGAUUUCCCCCGAUCAUAUAUAAUAAAAACUCAGGAGGGAGAUGUGAGGAGAAACAGAUCGCAUGUAAUAGAAGAACGACAGAGUGUUGAAACAGAAAAGAAUGCUGAGUCAGAGAAAGUUAAUGAGAAUGGCAUGUGUGAAAAUGAAACCAUGAAUGAAAAUGAGAGCAUGUCAAGUGAGAAAGAAAACAACAAUUUGUCAGGAUACAUAACGAAGUCUGGGAGGUUAUCAAAACCACCAAUCAAACUUAAUUUGUGA